GGCGACGCCGUUUUUGUGUUUACCUUUGGGGUUGAAGAAGCGGUGUUUUCUCCGUGCACGGUCGAGGUUUUUAUGGAAAUCUUUUCAUGUACAAGCAACCGGAUCUUUCCCUAAACGUCUACACUCUGUCCUACACAAGCUUUCCUGUCCACCAUGGCAAGUUCAACGGUGAAAUUUACCUGGUGUUCUUGCCGCAACUAUAAAAUCCAGUCCAAAGACACGCACGAAAAGUGUUUAAUCUGCCUGGGAAUCCAACACGCUAAAGAGGCCGUGCUGGAGUACGGGAAAUGUCCGCACUGUGCCAAGAUGGACUGGAGCACUUGUAUCAAGCGUCUCACCAAGGUGCAGGAGGUGAUCCACCAGGAGGCCCAGCAGCGGAAAAACGAGGCGUCUCAGAAUGGAAGUCAGCCAAAACUUGAUCCGGUGGCUUCGUCAGCUCCGGUUAAAGAAGCUAGAUCUGUGAGGGUGGUGUCUGCUACUCCUAAUGUAUCGGAGACUGAAAACACUGCCCCUGCUCCAUCUUUCUCCACUGCGCCCGUCAUGUUCACGCUUGUCUCACCAUCUAUGGACCAGCCUGACCCAAACACUGCAGCGGUAAAAGGUACAUACUUAUCACAUGUCGCCUUGCAGCAUACGCUAGACUCGGCUCCAUCCGUAGCGCCCACGUCGACGCCUUUGACCUCACACAAGAGACGCCAUUCGUCUAGGUAUCACUCAUGCUGCAUGAGGUACUCCAGCAGGGGCUGCGGACGGAGACGGAAACAAUCCCCGUCUUCAUCCGAAUGUUCGUCCUGGAGCUCUGAUUCCUCCUGCGAGUCUGUGAGGGAGAAGAGGACGCGACGGGAAUCAAGGAAUUCUGCAAAACUCGACCGGAAACGUGAUCAGCUGCUUAAGAUGGUGCAGCAGAAACUGGAAGCCCAACAGAGAGCCAUGCAAGUACAGUGGAGCGCAAUGGAGAGACGGAUCGACGUCUUGGAGAAAAGGAGUUCAAGCGAUUCAGCAGAAAGCUCCCAAGUGUCCACCAUGUCUCAAGUGGAUCAGGGACAACAGACGGGUACCGCUGCCUGUUCCGGAUCUGUUUCUCUUUUGAUUGCAGUAAAGCAAGAAGACGGGUCUUUAGAUAUCUCGCAUGCUUCGGAAUCUAGUUUGCGGGUGAGUUCAGUGCAAGAGGUUCUCACAUCUGAAGAGCUGCAGAAUCUCAUAGUACGUGCAGCCAAACACUUGGGUAUCGAUUUCCCCGAAUCUGAAAACGGCUCACCACAUCCAGUUAUGGUGCCAGAGUUUGAGGACUCGGUCCAAAGUACGUGGUCCAAACCGGUGAGCGCACAACCUUUUAGGCCGGUGUUUACCGAGUUGUACAAGCUUCACGAAAGCCAGGCUAGACAUUACAAUCACAUGCCUCAAGUCCACAAGCUGAUGUCGGCAAUAUUCCAAGCCGUCACGCCUGCAUGCACCAGAGAACAGUCCGUUCCUCCUGAGCCCUGGGGGUUCACCGAAGAGCUUGCGGAAAACUCGUAUCAAACCGCCAGCAUGCUAGCAAAGACCGCUAACUACUUGCGAUACUUGUCGGAUUACCAGAAGCGUCUCUUGGCAGAGAUUUCCGAAAACCCGACUAUGGAAGGGCUCCAAAGUGUUCUUGGUGAGCUCAGGCUGAUCGGAGAGUUCACCUUCCAGCUUUCUUCACACCAGGCAGAACUUUCUGGAAGGAUCAUGGCAGCAUCUGUGGCUGUUAAACGACAGACCUGGAUGGCUAAGACGAAUUACACAGAUUCUCUGAAAGCUACAUUUGCAGAUCUCCCGUUUGUUAUCGAGACUCAAAAAUAGACAUGUGGAACUGUUUGUUUUAUAUGAAUAACAUGUUAUGUGAACAUGCUUUUACAAUUAAGAUGUAGAUUUUUCUUCUUUAGUUUCAUUUCCCCCAGUGUAUUUUACACAAAUUAUUAUUAUUAUUAUUAUUAUUUUUUUUUUUUUUAAUUUUUUUACCCAAGUCAAAAGUGAGAAUAGCUGCUUGAAAUAAACAAGCUGUUUUUGUCAUUUCUUGCCUUUAAUUCGUCAUCCAUCUUGUGUAGCCUUUAGCGUAAUGGUUAAAAAAUUGGCGCUUGCUUUUAUAGUCUGAAUUAAAGAUUUUUCUUCCGACUUGUUUUAAGGUGUAGCUUCAUUAUUAUGAUGCACUCUAUAUUAAAAAGUAUUAACACUCCUGAUAAAAUUGCAGCUUUUUGAGACCAAAUCAGAUAUUUUUUUUUAUUUUUAUUUUUUCACCUUUAAUGUGAUAUUGCAUCAACCUGGUCGCGAAAAUUUGUUAAAGCGUCUUUUGCUUGUAAUACAGCGCUGUGUUUUUGGGAGUAAGAAUUAUCACAGAACAUUAUCACAUCUUGAUUUGGCAGGUUUAUUCCAAACAAAUGCUUCAGAUCUAUCAGGGGAGGGGAUUUCCUGCGCUCAGACGUCUUCACGUCAUCCCACAGGUUUGGGAUAGGAUUUAGAUCUGGGAUGUGACUGGGACAUUCCGAAACCUGAUCUUUUUGUGAAGCCAUUUUGUGGUUAUUGUACUGGAGGUGAAACAUUCAUCCACAGCGGUCUGCAGAUAUGAUUUCCUCUACCUAACUCCCUGAUUAAGAGAAGCAGGUGACCACAUGAUGCUGGGGCUCAAGUGGCUCUAGGUUGUUGAUUGUAAGAUGCCUCUGUUGGGCCCCUGAGCAUGGUCCAUAACUCUUUCUGCUCCAAGGGCACUGCAUAAUAACUGCCCCUGUCCUCUGACCCCAACCUCCUCAGGUGGGAUAUUCACAGAAAUGAAUUCCACUGUGCUGUAAUGUAUGUAAGUCUUCUUCAUCUUCUUCCUCUUCUUCCUUCACCAUAUGUCUGAUGUUCUAUGGGUGUUCUUGGGCUGUCUUGUUUUUUUGCAAGUGUUAUUAUUAUUAUUAUUAUUAUUACAGUAUACCUCGGCAGCCUCCCCUCCCCUGUACACUGUUUUUUUUUCCUAGGUCCAUGCAGUGAAUUUCAGUUUGUGUAAAUAGUAUAAACUAUUUCUGUCUCUGGAAUAAUUUAAGGAAUAUAUGAUGUAUAUAAACACAUCCUCAUCUGUCGAAACAUCUGUUUAAAUGUUCCUUUGUUCAUAUUGUUUUACCAACUGUUUAGGAAAACACUAACGACUGAAGAGCUUCUCUACAAACAAAAUGGGAGGAUUCAGAAGUCUUUAAGAGCUUAAACAACAAUUUGGGAUCAGACUAAGAACUGUAGAGCUUUUUUUACAAACAGUUUAAGGAACAUUAAGAGCUACAGAGCAUUUUAAGAAAACAUUAAGAACUAAAAAGCUUUUUUAAAGAAAAAAUGCACUGAUAACUGUUUCUGGAAAUCAACUGAGGAGUGUGCCACAUGUAAU